AUGGUGAAGGAGAGUGAGUAUUACGACGUGUUAGGGGUCAAGACUGAUGCCUCUGGUGCUGAUAUUAAGAAAGCUUAUUAUAUCAAAGCAAGGCAAGUUCAUCCAGACAAGAACCCUAAUGAUCCCCAAGCUGCUAGAAACUUUCAGGUACUAGGUGAAGCUUACCAGGUCCUUAGCGAUCCCGAGAAGCGAACUGCUUAUGAUAACUAUGGCAAAGAAGGUGUUCAACAGGAUGCAAUGGUUGAUCCUGCAGCUGUGUUUGGCAUGCUCUUUGGUAGCGAGUUGUUUGAGGAUUACAUUGGCCAACUUGCUCUUGCUUCAAUUGCAUCACUCGACGCUGAAGUAGAAUCAUAUGAGCCUGAUAUUAGGAAAAAAAUGCUUCAAGACAAGAUCAAAGUAAAGUUGUUUCUCUUUUCUCUUGAACUGUUUUCUUAUGACCUGAUGAUGGUUAUAAUUCCCUGUGUGCAGGCGAUGCAAAAGGAAAGGGAAGACAAGCUUGUGACUACACUGAAGAACAAACUCGAACCGUUCGUGGAAGGACAAAUCGAUGAAUUUGUGAAUUGGGCUAACGCAGAGGCAAGGCGACUCUCAACAGCUGGUUUUGGCGAAGCAAUGCUGCACACUGUGGGCUACAUUUACACAAGAAAAGCUGCGAAAGAACUUGGAAAGGACAAACGACUCAUGAAGGUGCCCUUCUUAGCUGAAUGGGUGCGUGACAAGGGCCACCUGAUCAAAUCUCAAGUGCUUAAAGAUCCGAGUGUUUCAAAAGAUGUUCUCCGAUCUAGAGCAAGAGGGUUGAGGAAGCUCGGAAACAUUUUCCAGGGUUCUAAGAAACCUUACUCUAGAGAAAAUAGCUUGCGCCACGAAGAUGCCGCCGUGAAACUUGAUACCGGAGAUUCUUCCAAACCGGCGACUUAA